AUGUUAGUGGUUGGAGGGGGGAGGGGGGUGGGGGGGGGGGGGAUGGGGUUUUUUGAGGGGGGGUGUGGGGGUGGUGGUUUGGUGGGGGUGGUUGUUUUGUGUUUGGGUUUUGGUGGGUUUGUUGGGGUGGGUGGUUGUGGGGUUGGGGGGGGUGUUGUUGGGGUGGGGGGGGGUGGUGGGGGGGGUUUUUUAGUUGGGUUGUUUGUGGGUGGUGAUAUAUGUUUGGUUGUUUGUUGGGGUGGGGUUUGGGGGGGGGGGGGGGGGGGUGUGUGUGGGGUGGGUUGGUGUGGGGGUUGGUUUUGUGUGUUGGUUGUUUUUGUGGGUGUUUGUGUGUUUUGUGUGUGUUGUUGGGUGUUGGGGGGGGGGGGGGGGGGUGGUGUGUUUGUGUGGGUGGGGUUGGGGGGGGUUGUGGGUUUGUGGUUGGGGGGGGGGGGGGGGGUGGUGGGUGUGUGGGGGGGGGUGGUGGGGUUGGUGUGUGGGGGUGUGUGUUGUUGUGGGGGUUGGGUGGGUUUGUGUUGUGGGUGGGGGGUGGUGUUUUGGUGGGGGGUUGUUGGUGUUGGGUUUUGUUGGGGGGGGGUUGGGGGGUGGUGGUUUGUUGGGUGGGGGUGUUUUUGUUUGGUGUGGGUGGGGUGGGUUUGGGGGGGGGUGGGGGGUGUUUGGGGGUGUGGGUGUGGGGGGUGGGGGGGGGGGGGGUGGUGGGGUGGUGGGUGGGUGGUGGUUGGGGGGGUUGGGUGGUGUUGUUUGUGGUGUUGGGGGGGGGGGGUUGGGGUUGUUGGGGGUGGGUGUGGUGUUGGGGGUGGGUGGUUGGGUGGGGGGGGUGGGGGGGGGGUGGGGUUGUGGGGGGGGGGGGGGGGUUGGGGGGUGGGUUUGGUUUUUGUGGGGUGGGGGGGGGUGGGGGUGUGGGGGGGGGGGGGGGGGGUGGGGGGGGGGGGGGGGGGUUUGGGGGGGGGGGGGGGGGGGGUGGUGGGGGGGUGGGGGGGGGGGGGGGUUGGGUGGGGGGGGUGGGGGGGGGGGUGGGGGGGGGGUGGUUGGGUGGGGUGGGGGGGGGGGGGGGGGGGGGGGGUGGGGGGGUGGGGGGUGGUGGUGGGGGGGGGGUGGGGGGGGGGGGGGGUGGUUGUGUUGGGGGUGGGGGGGGGUUGGGGGGUUGGGGUUUGGGGUUGUUGGUGUUGGGGGGGGGUGGGGGGUGUGGGGGUUUGGGGGGGGGGGGGUUGGGUGGGUGGGGGGUGUGGGGUGUGGGGGGGGGGGGGGGUGUGGUGGGGUGGGGUUGUUGGGGUGUUGUGUGUGGGGGUGGGGGGGGGUUGGGGGUGGGUGGGGUGGGGUGGGUGGGUGGUGGGGGGGUGGGGGUUGUUUGGGGUGUUUGGUGGGGGGGUGGUUGGUGUGGGGGGUGGGGGGGGGGGGGGGUGGGGGGGGUGGGGUGGUUUGUUUGUGGGUGGGGGGGUGUGGGGGGGGUGUGUUGGGGGGGGGUGGUGGGGGGGGGGGGUGUGGUGUUGGGGGGGGGGGGGGGGGGGGGGGGGUGGUGGGUGUGGUGGGGUUGUGGUGGGUGGGGGUGGUGGGUUGGGGGGGUUGGGGUGUGGUUGGGUGUGGUGGGGGGGUGGUGGGGGGGGGGGGGGGGGGGUGGUGGGGUGGGGGGGGGGGUGGGGGGGGGGGGGUGUGUGGUUGUGUUUGUUUGGUGGUGGUUGUGGUGGGUGGGGGGGUUGGUGGGGGGGGGGGUGUGUUGGUGGGUGUGGUUGUUGGGGUGGUUGUGUGGUGGGUUGGUUGUGUGGGGGGGUUGGUGGGGGUGGGUGGGUGUGUGGGGGGGUGGGUGUGUGGUUGUGGGUUGUUGGGUUGGGGGGUUUGGGGGUGGGUUUGGGGGGGGGUUGUGGUUUUGGGGGUUGGGGGGGUUGGGGGGGUGGGGGGUGGUGGGGUGGUGGUUGUUGGGGUGUGGUGGGUUGGGGUGGUUUGUUGGUGGGGUGUGGGGGGGUGUGGUGGGGGGUGUGGGGGGGGGGGGGUGGGGGGGGUGGGGGGGGGGGUGUGGGGGGUGGGGGUGUGGGGGUUGGGUUUGUGUUGUGUGGUUUUGUUGUGUGGUGUGUGUGGGUGGGUGGGGGGGGGGGGGGGGUGGUGGGUGUUGGUGUGGGUGGGUGUGGGUGGGUUGUUGGUGUGUGUGGUGGGGGUGUGGGGGGGGGGUGGUGGGGGGGGGGGGUGGGGUUGGUGUGGGGGUGGGGGGUGUGUGUUGGGGGGGUGGUUGGUUUUGUGGGGGGGGGGGGGGGUGGGUUUGGGUGGGUGGUGUGUGGUGUGGGGGGGUUGUUGUGGGUUUGGUGGUUUUGGGGGGGUGGGGGUGGGGGGGGGUGGGGGGUGUGUGGGGUGGUGGUGUGUUGGGGGGUGGGGGGGGUGGGGGUGGGGUUGGUGGGGGGGGGGGGGGGGGGGGGGGGGGGGGGGGGGGGGGGGGGGUGGUGGGGGGGUUGGUGUUGGUGGGGGGGGUGGGGGUGGGGGGGGGGUUGGGGUGGGUGUGGGUGGGGGUGGUGGGGGGGGGGGGGGGUGGGUUUUUGGUGUGGUUGGGGUGGGUGGUUGGUGGGUGGGGGGGGUGUGGGGUGGGUGGGGUGUGGUGGGGGUUUGGGGUGUUUGGGGUUGUGGGUUUGGUGGUGUUGGUGUUGGGGUGGGUGUGUGGGUGUUGGGUGGGGGGGUGGUUGGGUGGGGUGUUGGUGGUUUGUGUGGGGUUGGGGGGGGUGGUGGGUGUGGUUGGGUUGGUGUGUGUGUGGGGUGGUGGGGUUUGGUGGGUGUGGUGUUUGGUUUUGGUGUGUGGUGGUGUUUUGGGGGUGUGGUGUGGGGUUUGGUGGGGGGUGGGUUUUGGUGUGGGUGUUGGGGGGGGGUUGGGGGGGGGGGUGGUUGGUGUGGUGGGGGGGGGGGUGUGGUUGGGGGUGGGGGUGGUUUGGGGGUUUUGUUGUGUGUGGUGUGUGUGUUGGGUGGGGGUUUGGUGUGUUGGGGGGUGUUGGUGGGGUGGGGGGUGGGUGUGGGGGUGUGUGUGGGGGGGUUGUGGGGGUGGGUGGGGUGGUUGGGGUGUUGUUUGGGGGGGGGGGUGGUGGGGGGGUGGGGGUGGGGGGGGGGGGUUGUGGGGGUGGGGGGGGGGUUGGGUGGGGUGGUGGUGUGUGUGGGUGGGUGUUGUGUUGGGGGUGGGUUGGGUGUUGUGUUGGUUGGGUUGGUUGUGGGGGGGGUGGGGUGGUGUUGGUUGGUUGGGUGGGUGGGGGGGGGGGGUUUUGUGGUGGGGGGUGUGGUGUGUUGGUGGUUGUUUUGGGGUUGGUGGGUGGGUGGGGGUGGGGUGUGGUGUGGUGGGGGGGGGGUUGGGGGGGUGGGGUGGGUUUGGGGGUUGGUGGGGGUGUUGGGUGGGGGUGGGUGGUGGUGGGGGUUGGUGGUGGGGGGUGUUGGGGGGUGGGUGGUUGGGUUGUUGUUUGUUGGGUUGGGGGGUGUUGUGGGUGGUGGGGGUGGUGUUGGGUUGUGGGGUUGGGGGGUGUUGUGGGUUGUUGUGGUUGUGUUGGUUGGUGUGGGGGGGUGGGGGUGGUGUUGGGUGGGGUUUUGGUUUUGUUGGGGGGGGGGGGUGGGGGUUUGGGUUGUUUGUUGGUGUGGUGGUGUUGGGUUUGGGUGGGUGGGGUGGGUGUGGGUGGGGUGGGUGGGGGUGGGGUGGUGGGGGUGUUGUUUGUGGUGGGGGGGGGUUGGGGGGGGGUGGGGUGUGGGGUGGUGGGGGGUGGGGGGGUGGGGGGGGUGGGGGGGGGGGGGGGGUGGGUGGGGGGUGUGUGGGGGGUUGGGGGGGGGGUUGGGUGGGGGGUGUUGUUGGUUGGUGUGGGGGGGUGGGGUUUUGGGGUUGGUUGUUGUGUGGGGUGGUGGGUUGGUUUUGGUUGGGUUUUUUGUGUUUGGUUGGGGGGGGGGGGGGGUGGGGUGGGGGGGGUGGGGGGGGUUGGGGGUGUGGGGUUGUGGGGUGGGUGGUGGGUGGGUUUUGUGGGUGGGGGGGGUGUGGGGGGGUGUUGGGGGGGGGGUGGGUUUUUGGGGUGGGGGUGGUGGGGGGGGGUGGUUGGGGGGGGGGUGGUGGGUGGGGGGUGGUUUUGUUUGGUUGGUGUUUGUUUGGGGGGGGUGUGGGGGGGGGUUGGGUGUGUUGGUGGUGUGUGUGGGUGGUGUGGUGGUGUGGGGGGGGGUUGGGUUUGGGUUGUUAUGUGGUUGUUUGGUUUUGGUGUGUUGGUGGGGUAUUGGUUUGUUGGUUGGGGGUGGUGUUGGGGGGGGGUGGUGGGGGGGGGGUUUGUGGGUUGGGGGGGUGUGUUUUUUUGGGGGUUGGGGGGGUUUGGUGGGUGGGGUGGGGUGGGUGGUUUGGGGGUUUGUUUGUGGGGGGGGGUGUGUGGGUGGGGGGUGGGUGGGGGGUGUGGUGGGUUUGGGUUGGUGGUGGGUGGGGGGGGGGGUGGGGGGGUGGGGUGGGGUGGUUUAGGGGUGGGGGGGGGUGGGUUGUUGGGGGUUGGUGGUUGGUGGGGGUGUGGGGGGGGUGGGGGUGGGUGGGUGGGGGGUGUUGUGUUGGGGGGGGGGGGGUUUGGGGUUGUUGUGGGGGGGGGGUGGGGUGGUGGGGGUUGGGGGUUGUGUAUUGUGGGGUGUGGGGGGGGGGGUGGUUGGGGUUGGGGUGGGGGUGGGGGGGGUGGGGGGGGUGGGGGGGGUGUGGGGGGGGGGGUGGGGGGGGGGGGGUGGGGGGGGGGGUUUUUGGGUUUGGUUGGGGUGGGGGUGGGGUGGGGGGGGGGGGGUGGGGGGUGUGUUGUGUUGUGUGGGGGUGUUUGGGUGUUGUUGGGUGGGUGGGGGGUUGGGGGGUGGGGGGUGGGGGGGGGGGUGUGGUGGGGUGUGGGGGGGGGGGUGGGGGGUGUGGGGGGGGGUGGGGUGGUUGGGGGUGGGGGGGGGGGGUGGGUGGGGGGGUUGUGGGGGGUGGGGGUGUGUUGUGUGUGGGGUGGGUGGGUGGGGGGGGGUGGGUUGUGGGGUGUGGGGGUGUGGGGGGGUUGGGUUGGGGGGUGGGGGGGUUGGUGGUGGUUGUUGUGGUGGGUGGGUUGUGGGGGGGGUGUGGGGGUGGUGGGUGUGGGGGGUUUUGUGUUGGUGGGGGUGUGGGGUGUGUGUGGGGGGUGGGUUUGUGGGUGUUGGGGUGGUGGGGUUGUGGGGGUUGGGGGGGUGGGGUGUUGUGGGUGGUGUGGUGGGGGGUGGUGUGGUGGGGGUUGUUGUGUGGUGUUUGGGUUUGGGGGGGGGGGGGGUGGUGGGGUGGUGGGGGGUGGGGGGGGUGGGUUGGGGGGUGUGUGGUUGGGGGUUGGGGUUGUUGGGGGGGGGGUGGGUGUGGGGGGGGGGGGGUGGGGUUGGUGGGGGUGGGUGGUGGUGGGGUGGGGGGGGGGUUGGGGGGGUGGGGUGGGGGGGGGUGGUUGGGGGGGGGGUGGGGGGUGGUGGUGGGGUGGGGGGGGGUGGGGGGGGUGGGGUGGGUGGUGGGUGGGGGGGGGGGGGGGGGGGGGGGGGGGGGGGGGGGGGGGGGGGGGUGGUGGGUUGGGGGGGGUUGUGUGUGGGGUGUUUGGGGGGGGGGUGGGGGUUUUUGUUGUUGGGGGGUGGGGGGGGGGUGGGGGGGGUGGGGGGGGUUGUGUUGUUGGGGGGGUGGGGGGUGGUGGGGGGGUUUGGGGGGGGGGGUGGUGGGUUGUGGUUGGGGGGGGGGUUGGGUGGGGGGUUGGUGUGGUUGUGGUGUGUUGGUGGGUGGGGUGGGUAGGGGGGGGGGGGGGGGGGGGGUUGUGGGGGGGUGUGGUGAGGGGGGUGGGGGGGGGGGGGGGUGGUGGGUGUGGUGGUUGGUGGGGGGGGGGGGGGGGUGGGUGGUGGGGGGUGGUGGGGGGGGUGGGGGGGGGGGGGGGGGGUUGGGGGUGUGUUGGGGGUGGGUGUUGGUGGGGGGGUGUGUUGGUGGGGGGUGGGGGGGGGGUGUGUGGUGUUGGUGUGGGGUGUGGGGGUGUGUGGUGGGUUGGGUGGGGUGUUGGUGGGGUGGGUGGGUGGGGGUGGGGGGGGGGGGUGGGGGGGUGGGUUGGGGGGGGGUUUUUUUUGGGUGUGGUGGUGGGGUGUUGUUGGGGGUUGGGUUGUGUGGGUGGGGGUUGGGGGGGGGUGGGUGGGGUGGGGUGGGGGGGGGGGUUGGUGGUGGGGUUUGGGGUUGGUGGGUUUGGUGUGUGUUUUGGGGGUUGUGGGUGUUGGUUGGGGUGUGGGGUGGUGGGUUGGGGGGUGGGGUGGUGGGGGGGGGGUGGGUGUUGGGGGGGUGUGGGGGGGGUUGGGGGGGGGGGUGGGGUGGGGUGGGGGGGGUGGGGGGGGGUUGGGGUGGGUUGGGGGUGGGUGGGGGGGGGGGGUGGGGGUGGUGGGGUUGUUGGUUGGGGGGGUUGGGGUGGUGGUGGGGUUUGGGGUUGGGGGGGGGUGGGUGUUGUGUGGGGUUUGUGUUGGGGGGGGGGUUGUGGGGGUGGGUGGGUGGGUGGGGGUGGUGGUGGGGGGUUGGGGGGGGUGGUGGGGGGGGGGGUGGGGGUUUGGUGGGGGGGUGGGUGUGUGUUGGGGGGGGGGUGUUUUGUGGUUUUUGGGGUGUGGUGGGGGUGUUGUGGGGUUGGGGGGGUGGGGGUUUGGUGGGGGUUGGGGUGGUGGGGUGUUUGGGGGUGUUGGGGGGGUGGGGGUGGUGUGGUUGUGGGGGUGGGGGUUGGGGGUUGGGGGGUGGGGGUGGGUUUUGUGGUGGUGUUUUGGGUGGGGGGGGUGUGGGGGGGGGGGGGUGUGGUGGGUGGGGGGGGGGGGGGGUUUUGGGUGGGUGGGGGUUGUGGGUGGGGUUGGUGGUGGGGUGGGGGGGGGGUGGGGGGUGUGGGGGGGGUGGGUGUGGGUGUGGGGUUUGGUUUUGGUUUGGUGGGUUGUGUGUGGGUGUGGUGGGGGGGGGUGUUGGUGGGGGGGGGUUGGGGGGGGGGGGGGUUUGGGGGUGGGGGGGGGGUGGGGGGGGGGGGGGGGGGGGGGGGUUGUUGUGUGGGUGUUUUGGGUGGGUUGUGGGGUGGUGUGGGGUGGGGGGGGUGGGGGUGGGGGGGGGGGUGGUUGGGUGUGGGGGGGUGGGGGGGGGUGGGGGGGGGGGGGGGUGGGGGGGGGGGUGGGUGGGGGGUGGGGGGGGGGGUGGGGGUUGGGGUUUGUUUGGGGUGUGGGGGGGGGGGGGGGGGGGGGGGGGGGGGGGGGGGGUGGGGGGGGGGGUGGGGGUGUGGGUUGGGGGGGGGUGGUGGUUGUUGGGGGUGUGGUUGUGGUGGUGGGUGGGGUGGGGGGGGUGUGUGGGGUGGGGGGGGGUUGGGGCUGCAACAUUGA